CAGGUAUCCAUGCAGUCUCCUGCGAUUUUUGAGAUCCACCAGGUUCAAAAUGUGGUUCUUUAUUAUCAUAGCAUGUUUAUUUCAAGGAACUUUCAGUUCAGAAGAGUUCAUUUCAGAAGAUCGUUUGGAGAAAUAUACAGCGGAUUCUGAGUACUUUUUAAAUAUUAGCGAACUUAUCAAUUAUCAUGGUUAUUCAAGUGAGGAGCAUCAUGUUGAGACCGAAGAUAAAUAUAUCCUUACAGUUUAUAGAAUACGUCCAAGAAAAUACAAUGAAGACAAAAGUCCAAAGCCUGUUGUGUUUUUGCAACAUGCUGUGCUUGGAGAUGCUACCCACUGGAUUUCAAACUCACCCAACAACAGCUUUGGUUUCAUAUUAGCAGACGCUGGCUAUGAUGUUUGGCUGGGAAACAGUAGAGGGAAUGCCUGGUCUUUACGUCACAAGACGCUUGAGCCAACUGAGCAAAAAUUCUGGGAGUUCAGUUUUCAUGAGAUGGGAUACUAUGACCUUCCAGCAGUAAUAUACUACAUACUGAAUGAAACGAGGCAAGAACAGCUUUAUUAUGUCGGUCAUUCUGAAGGUUCUACAAGUGGUUUCGUAGCAUUCUCUACUAGGCCCCAACUGGCUGAAAGAAUCAAAUUAUUUUUUGCCUUGGGACCUCCAACUGCAAUUCCCCAUCUGACAACACCUGUUGCAAAUUUUGCAUACAUUUCUAAAGGAGUGCUUGAAGUUAUACUUGGCACAAAACAAGUCCUACUGUUUCCAGCCAAUCUGAAAAAAUUAUUAGCUAAAUUAUGUACUUACCAGCCUAGAUUCUGUGCUAAUAUUUUGGCUUUUAUAUGUGGAUAUAAUAUCCCCAACAUGAACAUGGACCGACUAGCGAUGUAUGUAGCCCGUUCCCCUGCUGGAACAUCUUUACAGAACUUUCUUCACUGGUGCCAGAUGAUCUUGACAAAAGACUUCAUGGCAUAUGACUAUGGCUCCCAGGAAAAGAAUAUGCAGAAGUAUAAUCAGACAACUCCUCCUGUGUACAAGAUAGAAGAUAUAAAAAUACCAAUUGUAUUAUGGACUGGUGGAAAUGACUUAUUCAUUAAUUCAAAAGAUGUAGAUUUGUUACGCUCUAAAAUUAGUAAUCUCAUUUCUGAAAAUCAUAUUCCUGAAUGGCAACAUCUAGACUUCAUCUGGGGACUUGACGCCCCUGAGCGCAUGUAUGUGAAACUCAUUGAGACAAUGAAGAGAUAUGCAUAAUCCUAGAGUGGUUCCUGGAUCUUGACCAAUCAGCACAUAAAAGAAGACAUUAAUAUGAUAUAGUGUCUAUAACAUCACUACAUCGAGUUCUGAUGCAACUGAGCACAUGUACGUGCCUUUUACUAAGCUUGAUAUAUAUUUUUUUGGUAUUUGCUAUUUGCUAAACCAUCUAACUUUUCAUUCAUUCUUGCUCAAUGUUUUUAUUUUCAAACUAUCCAUUAUACCACUCCAUUGCUUUAAUGAAUGCAUGCAACUGAGGAUAUGUACAGUCCACAAAAUAUCCAUAAUCAUACCAAGGGCUAAUUUCUUGAUAUCAUUGGAUGCAUUCAAAUGGAGAUUACUGAAACAAUUCCACCAAAUUUUCUUCUUGAAAAUGGUUUGCUUUGUAAUUGGUAUAGGAAUGCUUUUGUAGCUUUGCUGGCAUUCAAUAAAUGUAUGGUCUGGGAACAGUACAUAUUUGGAUUGCUUCUUCUGUCUAAUUUCCCCACUCCUCUUCAUGACUCUUAUCUGGUGAACUGAAUUUAUUUCCCUGCUGGGUGACCUUGGGCUAAUUUCACAACUUUCUCAGCCCCACUUACCUCACUGUCUGUUGUUGGGAAGGAAGGAGUUUGUAAGCCACUUUGAGACUCCUUGCAGGAGAGAAAGGUGGGGUAUAAAUGCAAAAUCUUCUUUUAUCAUUGUAUUAUAUUAUAGUUCACAUGGAACAGCAGUAUGAUUUGAAAUCUGAGGUUUUCUUAGAAAUCUGAAUGUUUCAGGAUUGCAUUCUCUGUUGUUGAAAAAUAAAGCUAUGUAAGUGUAA